AUGCGACGAGCAAUUAUUUUCCUUUACCUCUGUACUGCUAAUUCGGAGUUGAGCUAUCACCAAAUGUUCGUGACGAGACGAACGCGCUCCAACGCACUGCCGAUACAAACUAGUUUUUAUUACAAACGAACGAACGGUCCUCAUGCGAUAUCAGUGUUUAAUACCAACCGUGAUGAUAAUAGUGCUAAAAUAAAUCAAGAUCCUAACGGACUUAAUAGACCACCAACCCAAGCAAAGUGUAAUAGCUCCCAAGAAAUAGACUCUCUUAUUGAUAAAGAUCGUAUUUCCUUGUUGGACUCAAAGGUUUAUCAGCAUGGAGAACGAAAAAGAUACAACAGGAAUUCGGAGUAUCAUCUAGAUGAUGACGACCUAAGAACGGAUACAAAUAUGUACGACGGCUGGCCAUAUUCAUACCGGAGUCCUUAUGAGUAUAACAUAAAUUAUGACACAGAGCGUGCAAAAGCGAAGGAUAAACGGUACAUUGACGAGAUGAUUGAAAGAGUGAUUCCCGUUCACGAAAAUCACGAUGACGAUAUUCAUAGAAACUAUGAUAGUACAGUUUCUGAAAAAUAUCGAGGGAAAGAAGAAGAUAAUCCUAUGUAUGGAAAUCAACCAUUUUUUUCAUAUAUGCUCGAGGAUUAUUUUGACAGAACUAACGAAGAAGAUCCUGUUACAUUCAAAGGAUUAAACUGGAAUAAAGAUUUCGAUCAUUCAAUGCCAUAUAAAGAUAUCUACGAUAGCAACAGACGAAUUAGGCGUAUAGAAGCAUAUGAUAAGGAUACUCCUACUAGAUAUAAAGAGUACAAGGAUAACCAUGGUUAUAAUACCAAUGAAAACGGAGCACUUGCCGAACGGUCGUACGCAAAUGUAAAAAAUGAAGGCGAUAAAACUGUUCGAGAAUCUUCAAAAGAAAACGAUAAGGCGGGGUACAAAUAUGACGGUUUGAAUAGACGAGGAUUUAAAGACUUUAUUGAUUCGUUUGUAAAUAAGUUUGGAUCAGAGGACCAUCACAGAAACAAUAAUUUGCAAACGAAUAUAACACGCGAUAAGGGAGAGAAAAAGAAAGGUUUUCGCAGAGUGUAUCAUAAGGACGAAUACCAGGAGGAUAACGAAUUUUACGACAACACCAACAACAAGUCUACAUUGACAGAAUCUGCUGGAUCGAAAUUCAAUGUUGGGGGGUCGGAAGCUGUUUUGGGUUCAAGUGCGUCUUCUGCUAUAGGAGAAGAAGCAAAUUCUCUAUCCAAAUCUAGUAAUAACGAAAAUAAAAAAUUAAGCGACAGUAAUAAUAUUGUGCAAAAUAAUAGCGGUUAUGACGGACAACUUCAUAGAUACAAACAAAUCGCACAAAUGGCUGCUAAGCAAAACAAUGCGGACUAUUAUGACCGUUACUAA